AUGCGCGGCCAUGACGUGCUGCACCCAAUGGGGUGGGAUGCCUUCGGCCUGCCAGCGGAAAAUGCAGCGAUAGAGCGAGGCGUGGAUCCGGCGGAGUGGACGGAGCAGAAUAUUGCGAAAAUGAAGGAGCAGCUUCGAAGUAUCUCUGCUUCAUUCGACUGGGACAGGGAAGUUGCUACUUGUGCGCCCGAGUUCUACGAGCACACGCAGCGCAUCUUCUUGAUGUUGUUUGAGAAGGGUUUGGCGUAUCAGGCAAAGGCGCUUGUCAACUACGAUCCGGUUGAUAAGACUGUAUUGGCAAAUGAGCAGGUCGAUGCCAAUGGCUUCUCAUGGCGGUCAGGAGCCAAGGUGGAAAAAUUGAAUCUGAAACAGUGGUUCUUCCGCAUCACGGAUUUUAAGGAAGCGCUACUGAAAGAUCUGGACUCGCUUGCCGGCGGCUGGCCCGACCGUGUGUUGUCUAUGCAGCGGAAUUGGAUUGGAAAAUCAGUUGGUGCGAAGAUUACUUUCCCCGUGAGUAUUGAGGGACAGGACGGGGAAGUCAAUGUGGAUGUCUUCACGACACGGCCCGACACAUUGUAUGGCGUCGAAUACCUUGCACUUUGCCUGGAUCACCCCAUCGUGCGGAAGGCUGCAGAGAAGGACAGCGCUCUUCGUACAUUCCUAGACGGGGCUUCAUCACUCCCGGCCGACUCGAAAGCGGGCUACCGCCUUAAUGGCGUCACGGCGUCUCACCCGUUGCGGAAAAUCGACAAUGAAAGUGCCCAUGUUCAGAGAGAGCUUCCCAUCUUUGUCGCGCCUUACGUCUUGAGUGACUACGGUGAGGGAGCUGUCAUGGGUGUUCCAGGACACGACGCUAGAGAUAUCUCGUUCUUCAAGGAAAACGUGAAUCCCGAGUCCAUCGCCAUCGUCAUUGGCGAAAAUGAAGCAUCUGAAACUCUUAUCCCCGCUCAAGAUGCAAAAGCUUUCACCCAGGACGGAGUCCUAACUUCGCAUUGUUGGAAGUACCAAGGAUUGCACUCCAGGGAGGCGGCAAAGCAGAUUGUCAACGAUCUUCAGCAGGUGGGACAAGCUGACUUUAAAGAGACAUGGAGACUGCGCGACUGGUUGAUCAGUCGACAGCGAUAUUGGGGUACACCUAUUCCCAUCAUCCACUGCGGGGAUUGUGGCGCUGUUCCUGUGCCUGCGAAAGACCUCCCGAGUGGCUUCACACCAAUUGUCCAAGCUGCGGAGGCCCAGCGCGCCGACACAGAUACCAUGGAUACCUUUGUCGAUUCAUCCUGGUAUUAUCUGCGUUUCUUAGAUUCUAAGAAUAAGGAUGCUCCAUUCUCGCCAUCUGUCGUACGGCCCGUGAAUGUGUACAUUGGCGGUGUGGAGCAUGCCAUUCUGCACCUGCUAUCCCCCCCCAAUGUAUCGUAUGAAAAGAUGUCGAAGAGCAAGUACAACGGCGUGGACCCGACAGCGUGCGCAACCAAAUACGGCGCUGACGCCACUCGCGCGCACAUUUUGUUCUCUGCGCCAGUCAGUGAAGUGCUGGAGUGGGACGAGACCAAGAUUGUCGGGGUUGAGCGGUGGUUUGGACGACUGUGGAAGCUCGUCUUGGACGCCCAGCACCAAUUGACUAAGUCCUCAUUGGUAUUUUCCGCAUCAUACUUGAACACUGCAGGCCAUGCAGUAUCACUCCCCUCUUUCUUGCAAGAUCUGAGUGACUCUGAUGCAGACGCCGUCUUGGCCACUCACAACACUAUCUCAUCCGUUACAUCCUGCAUCGAGAGCAACCCCUAUGGGCUAAAUACCGUCAUUUCCGAUUUGACAAAACUGACCAAUACUCUGUCAUCCACUCCACCUUCAUCUCCUCUUGUAUAUUACCUCUCCCUGUCCACACUCCUCCGCCUUCUCGCACCCAUUGCCCCCGCCUUGGCCUCUGAGACCUGGGAAAUGUUGCACCAACCCUUGAUCAAGGAUUCAACCUCGAUUCACUCGAUCUUAUCUUCCCCAUGGCCAACAGACCUUCUCACGGCCGAGCAAGCCGAGGCCCUCGCCGCACGCGGCGGUCAAACAGUGGCCAUUCAAAUCAACGGAAAGCUGCGCUGCGCUGUCACAAUUCCUCGCAUGAUGUCUCCCACCAGCUUGCCUCAGAGCAAGGGUCCAUCCCAGGAGGAGCAAGACUGGAUCAUUACCCGGGUCUUGGAGACUGCCGAGGGCAAGCUGUGGCUUCGGGAGAAGAAUGAUUGGGAGAAAAGACGACGAGUGAUUGUUGUCAAGGGGGGUAAAUUGGUCAACGUCGUGUUCUGA